UGCCGUGGGCUCCGCACGCCGAGGACCCAAGCGGCGUUACGUGGCCCACGCGGCCCGGCGCCCCGCACGCGGCCGCCGAGCCGGAGCCGGGGACCCAGCCCCCGACCCUGGGGGCGGGGCCUGCAGCCGGCCGGCCCCCCGCGCCCCGCGCGAACCCCCCCCUUCCCCACUGCACCGCCGCUGAGGCCCGGAAGGGGCCAGUCGCUUCCGUCUCCGCCGGGGAUGCACGGAGGGCGGAGCUGCGGCCCGAGGACGCGACGCGAGCCCAGUUCCGGCGAGGAGGCCGCGCCAGUGACAGCGAUGGCGGCGGAGUCGGCGCUCCAAGUUGUGGAGAAGCUGCAGGCGCGCCUGGCCGCGAACCCGGACCCGAAGAAGCUCUUGAAAUAUUUGAAGAAACUCUCUACCUUGCCUAUUACAGUAGACAUUCUUGCGGAGACUGGCGUUGGGAAAACCGUGAAUAGCUUGCGAAAACACGAGCAUGUCGGAAGCUUUGCCAGGGACCUGGUGGCCCAGUGGAAGAAGCUGGUUCCUCUGGAGCGAAACUCUGAGCCUGAUGAACAGGACUUUGACAAGAGCAAUUCCCGAAAGCGCCCCAGAGAUGCUGUUCAGAAGGAGGAGGAGAUGGAGGGGGACUGCCAUGAAAACUGGAAAGCCUCCAGUAGCCAAUCCUAUAGUCCUGAUCACAGGCAGAAAAAGCAUAGGAAACUGUCGGAACCUGAGAGAACUCACAAAGUGUCUCAUGUUCAAGAGAGGAGGGACGAGAGGAAGAGGUGCCAUAGAGUUUCCCCCGUUUACUCUUCGGAUCACGAAUCUUCUGAUUAUGGCCACGUCCAGUCCCCUCCGUCGUCUGCCAGUCCCCAUCAAAUGUCCAUGGACUAUUACAGAUCCCCAGAGGAAGAUCACGAGCCCUUUGUCUCACAUCAGAAGCCUGGGAAAGGCCACAGUAAUGCCUUUCAGGACAGACUGGGGGUCAGCCAGGACCGGCACCUGGGGGACCCCCAGGGGAAAGGGCUUGUUGUGAGUCAGAAUAAGGAGCACAGACCUUAUAAGGAAAAACGUCCCGCGGAUGCCAGGGGAGAUGGGAAGUCGUCGUUGAGCAGAGAGAAAUCCCACAAGUCCGUCUCCAAAGAGGAAAACCGAAGGCCGCUCUCCGGGGAUAGCGCAAAGGAGAAGCCGCCCUCUGGUGUCAAGAAAGAGAAGGAGAAAGAGGGCAGCACCAAGAAGAAGUCCUUACCCCCCUUGGAAGUUGCUUCAGACAACCACCUUAAAAACAAGCCAAAGCACAGAGACCCAGAGAAAACCAAAUCGGACAAAAAUAAGCAGAGUCCAGACAGCUGCGAUGUAGGGAAGGGAGACCCGCUGCCCAAGGUGAAAGAGAGGGUUUCUAACAACCUGAAAACCCCAGAAGGGAAAGUAAAAACUUCCCGUUCGGACAAAAAGCCCUCCCUCGCUAAGGUGGAGGAGGCAGAUGGGGACGAUGAGUUUGAGCAGCCCACCAUGUCCUUUGAGUCCUACCUCAGCUACGACCAGCCCCGCAAGAAAAAGAAGAAGAUUGUGAAAGCUUCGACCACGACUCCUGGAGAAAAAGGACUGAAAAAAAACGAUUCGAAAAGCACUAAUAAAAACUCGGACUCGAUUCAGAAAUUACCGAAGGUAAAUGAAAACAAGUCCGAGAAGCUGCAGGCAGCCGGAGCCGAUUCAGCCAAGCUGAAGAAGGUCCCCACUGAUGCUUUGCCGGUGUUGCCAGACCUCCCGCUACCCAUGAUCCAGGCCAAUUACCGGCCGCUUCCUACCCUGGAAUUGAUGUCCUCCUUCGCACCGAAGCGAAAAGCUCUCUCUUCACCUCAGGAAGAGGAAGAAACUGGCUUCACUGGGCGAAGAAUGAAUUCUAAGAUGCAGGUGUACUCUGGCUCCAAGUGCGCCUAUCUCCCCAAGAUGAUGACCUUGCACCAGCAGUGCAUCCGGGUACUUAAAAACAACAUCGAUUCAAUCUUUGAAGUGGGUGGCGUCCCAUAUUCUGUUCUCGAACCCGUUUUGGAGAGGUGUACACCUGAUCAGCUGUACCGCAUAGAGGAAUACAAUCACGUAUUAAUCGAAGAAACCGAUCAAUUAUGGAAAGUUCAUUGUCAUCGAGACUUUAAGGAAGAAAGGCCGGAAGAGUACGAGUCGUGGCGGGAGAUGUACCUGCGGCUUCAGGAUGCCCGGGAGCAGCGGCUACGACUACUGACGAAGAAUAUCCGAUCCGCACAUGCCAACAAGCCCAAAGGCCGACAGGCAAAGAUGGCCUUUGUCAACUCUGUGGCCAAGCCCCCUCGUGACGUUCGGCGGAGACAGGAGAAGUUUGGAACCGGAGGGGCAGCUGUGCCUGAGAAAAUUAGGAUCAAGCCAGCCCCGUACCCCGCCGGGAACAGCCAUGGCCCCUCUGGCAGUGGCGGCAACGGCUUUAGCGCCAGCCCUGAGGGGCCAGCCCGCGAUGGUCCGAGCACCAGCGGUUCCCACUUGGCCCCCAUGCUCAGCGCCACUUCCUGUGAUCCUAGGAAGCCGACCGUGAAGAAAAUCGCCCCGAUGAUGGCCAAGACGAUUAAAGCUUUCAAGAACAGGUUCUCGCGACGAUAAACUGAGGACUUGCCUUGGAGACGAUUUUUGGGGGAGGGGUACAAGGACAGUGGGCCUUGGGGAAUGGAACUUCCAGAGGAGACCAGAAUCCUCUGCUCUGAGGAACCUUUUGGCCCCCGAAUCCCGCGCGGUCUGCAGGUGUGGGCGCCUGUGACCCUGUGCGCAGUGACCACUGCCUCCCCGCCUGGAGAACACUUCAGAAUUCUGAAGAAGAUGUGAAGCCUCAGGCUUACUGAGGAUUUUAAGGUCGUCAAUUAUACUUUUGUUGUUAAUUAGCUUCUUUGUAAACCUAAGACAUAGUUUUAAUUAAUAAAUAUUGCCCCCAGAUUGUAUUUAUAUUACCCCCAGUAUUUUUUUCUUUUUCUUUUUCUUUUUUUUUUUUUUUCUCCUUUUUUUAGGUCCUCUACCAUAUACUUAGCCUUUUAUUUUUCAGGGUUCUUUAUUACAGUUAGAGAAAAACCUAGUGAAAGCCAUUCCCCUGCCCCAGGUCAGCUCCCCUGAGUGGACUCUGCUCCAGAGGGAGGGCUGGCCAUCCUCACAGCCUGUGUGCUGCCUGCUGCACGGAGGGUGAGGAGUGGGUCCCGGGCUGCCCACCCUCGACGGCCGCCUCGAAGGGGGAACAGGAAGUGUUCGAGCCACACCCCUCCCCUCUGAGGCCCUUCUCAGUGUUGCUUGAGUUCCUAUGCAGGUGCAUCUCUUUCUUCCUCGUUAAAUAGUAUUUAUUAAAGGUUAUUUGUAAAGGUCUAGAGUCUUUUCCCCCCCAAGCCUUUUUGCCAGUUCCCACUUUUUUGAGGCUCACUGGAGGACACGGAAACUUGUGGGGUCAAUUUGCACAGAACCCCAACAUUUUUACAAUUUACAGUUUCUGAUUCAAAACUUUAGGUUUUUUUUUUUCCUCCCCUAUUUUCCCUUCUCCCCGCUUGCAGGGGGGAGACACGAACACACGGCAGGGCUUUUUGUGCCCCCCACUCCCACCCCCAACCCCCUACAACUUCAGAAUUUGAAAAGCCAGCACUUUAAUCUCAUGUUCCCUGUGAACUGCUAAUAGAAGUGAGUGGUUUUAAAAGUUGUAAUGCUGUGUUGGAAAAUGGUUUUGUUUUUGCCUUUCUUUAGAAGGUAAGAUCAUGUGAUUGGGAGAGCACAGGGAUUUGCUGUUUUGCAGAGAACUUUGCAGCUGAAGCUCUCUUCUGCUUUUUGAGUGCUUAAGCCAGAAUUUGGAGGGAACGGUCCACUUGGGCCAAGUGUCUGAGCUGUCAGUGUCAGGACGGGGGAGAACCCGGGGACACGCAUCAGGUUUGAGAAGGGAGGAUCUCCCUUUCAAGCUGACAUAGGAGCGACAUCAGCACUUACAAGGUCCUUCCUGGCUGAUGGAGAGCACUGGUCUAGUAGGAACCCACCUGGUUAUGACCCAGGGGGCAGCAGGUGCCAUAAACUCGAGGUGCCUGUCCUUAGGACACCCAAGGGGUAGGCUAAGGGCGUGGUUAGGACAGCCUCCGGAACCUGGCAGGUUGUCCCCUUGACAGGCUCCCUCAGAGCCCCAGAAUAUGGAGUCCACUGCUUGUAAGCAUCCCAGAGGCCUCAGUUAGGCUAACGGAAGGUUCCAGAGCAGGCAGAGACCCCGUGCAGCAGUACCUGCAUUGUCCGGUGUGCGUUGCCGGGCAGGAGGCCUGUGCAGCAGGACACAAGUGUUGCCCUGUUUUCAUUUGCUGUGUUUUUGAAUUGGGUCAGACGUGAUUUCUCUUGAUCGUUCGUAUUGCCGCUCCACCCCUAGCCCGGGCCUGCUCCCCAGAUCUGCUGUGAGGAAGCCUCUUACCUAACGAACACCUGGGCCAAGUGCCAGACCGCUGCUGCCUGGAGUAGCUGCCCGUAGGUGUCCACCAGCUCGAAUUUGUCUCUUAGCUGUGUGUCCCAGUCUUCGUCAUUGAAACCGGCUUUUCAUAGCGCGGAUUCGGUUGUGUAUGAUUUAAUUUCCUUUCCCAGGAGUCUUUAGGCAGGGAGGAAAGAAAGGACACUCAUUCGUCCAUGCCAGCGUCGCUACCCGCUUCUAGCACAUGAAGACUUUUGAUCAAUGCUGUUUGCGUAGAGCCAGAUCCUUCCCUCCUCCUUCUCCCAGAGUGUCUGCGUCAGGGAUGUGACUUGGUGAGAAGAGUGAGGAGGGAAGAGAAAAAGCCGAAUUUCUGAACAACCUUCUCACCUGGGUUCGUGAAAUGGCUGCAGAGCAGACACAAAACGGGAUGAUGUUGAAACUUUGGUCUCAUUUGUGAAAACGUGUGCAAUUUUUUUUUUCCUGUG